UACAUAUUGCAAAUCUUGGCAUCUCUCCAAUAUGACGUGAAAAGCAUGUACCAGAUCUGUCUUAAAGAAAGGUCCUCUUUCUUAAAAGCUACGUAUGUUGGAAAUAAUAUACAUGCCUGCUAAUCUAGCAGAAUAUUAUUCGCUGUAACUACACAACAAUGCUACGACCAUCGUUGAUCAAAAGGCUGCUGGUAAUUGUAUUCAGUUGCAACAUGACAUUAGCUCUGAACGAGUCGAUUUCUUGUCCUUCCAUUCUGAACAUCACCAUCAAUUGGAUAGAACUUAUGCCAUUCUUGUUCUUUAGCUUGGAGUACAACAACAAAACGGGGCUGGCCGCCGGUUAUUUACCGUAUUAUAUGCAGCGUGCUUCUAACAAAUGUGGCUGUCCAAUGAUGAGCUUCAACUAUCAAAGAAUGAAUAUUUCCUCGUCUGAAGAGAUGGAGAUCAAAAUUCGACGCAGUCUUCGAACAACAACUCCAGAAUUGUAUUUUCCCAUAUUUGCUAAUCGUAAAGAAUCGACUCAAUUCCAGAGACCAUUUCUAGCGUUAUUCCAGUCCCCGGGACCUGCAGUUGUUGAGUUUGAAGUUGGUUCUUGGAGUGAAAAGAUGUCAACGGUCAAAAUGGUUUUCAAGACUUGGCCUAUUUUGUCUGUUUGUUUGCUGUUUGGUUUACUGGCAGGUUUUAUCGUAUGGGCCAUUGAGCAUCGAAAAAAUCCCGAAGAAUUCCCCGCCAAGUUUCCGCACGGUGCUCUGGCUGGCAUAUGGUGGUCAUUCGUUACCAUGACAACCGUGGGGUACGGCGAUAAAACAACCCGCACUUUGUGGGGUCGUAUGUUCGCAGUGUUUUGGAUGGUUCUCGGGACUAUUGUAAUGUCCAUGUUUACUGGUCAAAUAACAGCUAAUCUCACGUCCAAUGAAAUGGCUACGGUUGACUUGAUGGAUACUAAGGUCGCUGUGCCGAAAGGAAUGAAGACGUUCAUCAAGCAAGAAAUGAACCUUGGAGCUCGUGAUAUUGUGGAUAUGACCUACGACGAAAUGUUAACUAGUGUAUCUGAGGGGAUAACUAUUGAAUACUUCAUGAUACACGAUUACCACAUGGCAAGGCAAUGGCUGAAAUCAGAUACAGACGCAAAAAUAGUCAAAAUCAUUGACCGCCAGUUUGCUAUUGGGAUGUUAGUAACUGGUGACUUUGAUCGUGUGAAAAGCAUGUUAACCUGCUUACAAAGAGAGGUCAUUGAUUCGUAUCAAAUUAACCUGGCCGAAGAGAAAUCUAACGAAGCAAGUGGCUCUUGGUCGUCCAGCAAUAAACAAGAAACCAGCCUCACUUCUCAACAUGUUCUUCUGAUAGUCAGUGGCGRUGUUUUGCUCCUUUGUGUAUUGUUUGGUUUCUUGAUGGCGUGUGUACGGACAAGAAAAACGGCUUCGAUUCAAUCAGAUGUCGAGGAAGGUACAUCACGUCCACCAUUUGCUACAGAACUUCCAAUAAUCCUGAAAACGGAAACCUAAAGUAUUCGGUAUACAAAACUACUCCUAGUUAGAAACAAUAUAUGAAUGUAAAGGAGUUUCAUAAUAUGCCCACUUUCCGCUCAUACAGCACAAUUAGGAUGAAGGGGGCGUCUCUAGUCAAAUCGCUGCAACAGUGUUGUUUCCAUUCAUGACGUGACGUUCCAUAAUGGCGCCGCGUGCAUUUGUAGACGUUUUAUUCUUCAGUUUUUUAAUAAAAAAGUUAUAGCGCAUUCAACGACGAUUCAAAAUGAAAAGAGCACUCAUUUAACUUCUAAUUUGACUCAUUUAAGAUGAUGGACAUGAGGUUUGACAUGAGAAAACAGCAGAUCGUAAGAAACAAAAACGGCUGAUCAUCAAGACGUUCAACGAUAAAUUCAAAUAUCGAGAAAUGGUUAGAUGAAAAUACAAAACAGGUUGUACACGACCAUAAAAACAACUAAAUAGGAGGCUGAUUUAGCAUUAAAAAGCGUUCCAAUCUGCGAUUUAGACUCUCUUUUGUUCCAUUGUCCUACUGCCAUAUGGCGUUUUACUGAUAUCAACAAAAACAGGAAUUCCUAUGCAAUCCAUAGGUUGCUAUGUGACGUCACGUAUGGGAACAACACAAUCCUGAAAUGGCAGGCAGAAAACCAAAGAGAUGCCCUCUAAUCGAGAUAUUGGAACCAUUCAAAAUGGACGUCCUUGCUGAACUGUGCGACUUUUGAAAGGAACCGUACACUUUUAUUAACUACUACUUUUUGCACCUCACAAUGAUUUCGCAAUCAUUGAGUAUAAAUGUUUCCAAUUCUGACGACAGCUCUGGUCAAGUUUAAUGAAAAAUAUCGCACUGGCACAAAACAAACAAAAGAAGCCAAACAAAUUAUAAUCACUAACUAAAUGCAAUUGCACAGCUGUAGUCCAUUAACCUUGACCAGCCGAUUAACAUGGACAAGAGAAUAAGUCACGUUAUAUCGACGCUUUAAGGCCGGAGAAUUGGAUUUGGAAUUGGAGUGAAAACCUUACGUCAUAAGCAUAGACACAAGCUUUAAAAAAAAAAAAAAUUAAGAGCGACUGUCCAGAAAUAUCGAGCACGGGGCGGCCACAGUCAAAAAAUAAAAGUCCUUCAUUUUU